CUUUAAGAAACUCCUGGGUGGGAGUGACUGUGUGGCCAAUUGGCAUGGGUCCUUUAGCUUUGUUUUACUCUCUUUGUCAAACAGUGCAGCUUAUUAAAGGAAUAAUAUAUUAGCAAAGACAUUUUUAUGGAAAACGUUUUUUUUAUAUAAGUAUAUAGGUUUUUGUUCACGUGGAUUAUGUGUGCGUUGUCGUGAAGACGCACAGGCAGAAGAAGCGGACACUGUGGUAUUGACAGCUAACAACGCUUUGGAAUGGGACCAGUCCCGCACUUUUGCCGCUCCUCUUCACACCGCAACUAGGAAAAAGUAGCGCUUACGAGAGGGAUUUCUGCUUUUACGGUGGACACGUUAUCAGGAAGUGGACGUAAUCAUAAACCUUGCGCUGCUGUUAUCGGUAUUUUGUAGCAGGCUCCCACGGCCACUAUGGUCCGCGCUUCUUGUCGGUCCAGUGUGCAGCGCUUGAGCUGAAAUGACCCGUGCGUAGUGCCGUAGAAGCCUGCGUGGCUCUGUCCGCUUCUACUCAAAGAACUCUUGUGCUGCUGUCUGCAAGAUGGGCCACCCUCCUCUGGAGUUUAGUGCCUGCUAUCUGGACAGUCCCGAGUUCAGGGAGACUCUCAAAUGCUACGAGUCGGAGGUGGAGAAAACCAGCAAAUUCCUGAAAGACUUGAUCAAGGAUGGCGUUAAUGUCAUCGCCACAAUCAAGGCAUAUUCUGUUGCUGUUCAGAAGUUUUCCCAGACCCUCAACACAUUUCAGUUUGACUUCAUUGGUGACUGUUUGACCGAUGACGAGAUUAACAUUGCUCAGUCCUUUCAGGAGUUUGCUGGACUCUUGCAGGAAGUAGAGGAUGACAGGAUGAUGCUGGUUCAAAAUGCAUCUGAUUUGCUCAUUAAACCUUUGGAGAAGUUCAGAAAGGAGCAAAUAGGAGCAACUAAAGAGAAGAAAAAGAAGUUUGAGAAGGAAAGUGAAAAAUAUUACUCACAAUUAGAAAAACACUUAAGUCUUUCUUCAAAGAAGAAGGAAAAUCAACUUCAGGAGGCUGAUGAACAGCUUGACAAGGAGCGUGUGAACUUCUAUGAAGCUUCAGUGGAGUAUGUUUACCAAAUCCACCAGGUUCAGGACCGAAAGAAGUUUGAUGUUGUUGAACCCGUUCUGGCAUUUCUUCACAGCAUUUUGACACUCAAUAAUCUGACGGUGGAAAUGACUCAGGAUUUCAUGCCCUACAAACAGGAGCUGCAGCUGAGCCUACAAAAUACCAGAAACCACUAUGAGAGUACUUGUGAGGAGCUGGAGGAGCUCAUGAAGAGGAUGACCAGCCCAACCAAAGUUAUUCAGAUGCACAGUUUACUGCCCAUGGAGGGAUACUUGUAUUGUCAAGAAAAGUGGGCUUUGGGUGUCACAUGGGUGAAAUACUACUGCAAGUAUCACAAGGAAAGGCGACAAUUAUUUAUGAUUCCCUGUGACCAAAAGACUACAGUCAAACAGCCAAAUACACAGCUCACAUUGAAGGCUUGCUUUCGCCGAAAGUCAGAGUCCAUAGACAAGCGUUUCUGCUUUGACGUAGAGGCAUUGGAGAGAAAUGCUCCUGUCACUUUCCAAGCUCCUUCAGAGGCAGAAAGAAAGCUGUGGAUGGAGGCCAUGGAUGGAAAAGAACCUAUCUACCAUUCCCCAAUUCAAAAACAAGCUGAAAUGGAAUUGAAUGAAAUUGGAUUUAAGUUUGUGAGAAGAUGUAUCAAUUACAUAGAAACUAAAGCAGUCACACAAGAAGGAGUUUAUCGAACAGUUGGCAGUAACAUCCAAGUGCAGAAGCUUUUAAAUGCCUUCUUUGGUCCAAUGAACCCUGGAGAUGUGGACCUGCAGAACACAGACUGGGAUGAGAAAACUAUAACAAGUGCAUUAAAGUUUUAUCUAAGGAGUCUGUCUGAACCCCUCAUGACCUACAAUCUUCACAGGGAUCUCAUGUCUGCUGCAAAGUCUGACAAUUUGGACUUUCGACUCAGUGAAAUCCAUACCCUUGUCUACAAACUACCAGAAAAAAAUCGAGAGAUGCUGGAGAUGCUGAUUAAACAUUUGGUCAACGUAUGUGGCCAUAGCAAUGAAAACCGGAUGACCCCUUCCAACAUGGCAGUCAUAUUUGGACCCACUCUCAUGAGGGCACAGGAGGAGACUGUCGCUGCCAUGUUGGACAUCAAGUUUCAGAAUAUUGUUGUGGAGAUCCUCAUUGAAGAGUACAAAAAGAUCUUCUGCAGUCUCCCGGAGGACAGCAGUGCCCGACCUAUCCCUCCCCCUCGAAUUACUCCCCGAACACGACAACCAAUCACAAUUUCCAAACGGCCGGCGCGUGUCUACACAGCUCUGAGUCCCGAGCACUUUCAUUCAGAGAAUGGUCAGAAACAUGGCUCUGUUUUAAGCCCCACUCCCCUACAGCGGACCAAACCUCUCCCUCCUAGAGAACCUCCUCCACGGGUACCUCUGAUGCCCAAACCUGUCCCCCCAACCCGUCAGGACCGCUCCUCAGACUCCUUUGACUCCUCCUCCUUCUCAAAUGGAGAGAUCCCGGUCACCGUAAACCGGACCCCAUCGUUCCAAAACAGACGACCUCCUAAAGAGGGGCUUCGAUCGACAGAAAAGCCCGUCAUCUGUAGACCACCAGUGCGCCCUCCCGAGCCCCCGAACCGACUCCCCGCUCCACAAAAGAGUCCAGUCCUCGUCCACUCUGAGCCCACUGCCACAUCCUAUGUUGCCUCGAAAGCAAAGUUUUUUGAAAAUGCCUCCAAACAAGGUGGAAGUUAAGCAAUUGCUUAAAAACCCUCAGCCAUCAAAGAGAACUCAACAUGGCGGCCUCUGGUUGUAUCAUGAGUGCACAGGGCGCAGGACUUCUCCACUCAAAAGUGCCUCAGAUAAAAGCUUGGAUCUACGGGUUUAGAGAAGUUGAGUGAAAUUAUAGUGUAUGUGUUUGAAAAGCACAGCCACAAAAUCAUUUAAAUCAUCUUUCUUAUCGUCUCGCUCAGUAUGUGGUCAUUAUCCUCACAGUAUAAAUUAUUACAAUGUAUUCCCAUGAGUUCCUAUGAAUAUUUAAAAGUCCACAUUUGUUGUGGCUGAUAUUGAUUUCAGUACCGUUUCUAUGCAAUACAAAUUACUAUUUGAUUUGAACAUUUGAAAUAGUAGAUUAUAGUUCUAAACCGUAUGAUACAUUAUAAUUCUAAAUUAUAACACAAUUUCAGAAGCCUUUACAAAUCCAUGUGAACAGUAUUUUAUACAGAGGCAUUUGGUUUCUAGUGCAUAUGAGAAACACUAAAUGAUUUUGACUGGUGUUGCUUUGAUUAGGAGUCACUGGAUCAUUCUGUGUUACAUUUCUAAUUCUAGUCACUUCACAUUCCCUUGGGCCAGCACUAGUGAGACUGUCCCUGUAUCAGACAUUUUAAGACAAUUUUACCUGAAACUCAAAGCCUUAAAAAGUAGGUCAAAUAUGCAACUGAAGGACUGUUUUAGGACUGUUUUAAAAUGGCACUCCAACGUUUUACAGUGUUACUGUAGUGAACUACUGUAUAUGUAUUUUACUUAUUUGUGAAUGUCCAAAAUAAAUACAUGAAUGUGACAGGCUCAUAUUGCUUGUAUUCCUCGUGACAGCUAGUAUUAACACUACCCAUGUGUGUAAAUUUAUUUGUGAUCAGACAUUAUGCAGACGGCUCACUUGUUAUGUAUGCAGGAGUGAAUAUUUUGGAGCCAUCACUGCUUUAAACAUUGUCUUUCUGUGAUGUGUGAUGGUUUUUGUGGCAACUAAUAAAACAUUUCAUUAGUUGUCUUGGAAA